AUGCAUCCAAGGGCAGAGGGGCUCGCGAGUGCGGAGAGGGCAUUUGCACUGGCUGAGGGGCACCCCUUAUCCCAGCCCUGCAGUCGGCAGACUGGUGAGUCCCUCUGGCCAGUCUGGACUCGGAGCUCCACUCACCUGUGGCUGCUGUCCCACUCCUGCAUGUCCCGGACCUCCUGCCCUCGACACCGCCUGCCCCCGACACCUCCUGCUUCCCGGAGCCCUGCGGGCGCCAGCCCCAGCUGCGAGCUCCCAGCAGGGCAAUUGUUACAACCGUCUCCCGAGAACAUGCUUGAAGGGUUGUUAAUCCAUAAACCUGAUGAGCCCAUCCAGUAUAUGAUAAGCCACUUAAAGCAAGACAAUGAUCAUGUUCCAAGAAUUUGUAUACUUGGUCCACCCGCCUCUGGAAAAACCACUAUUGCAACAUGGCUUUGUAAACAAUUGAAUACCCCUUGUAUCACUCAGGAGACUUUAUUGGAAGAAACAUUAGAGCUGACAAAAGAAGUAACGGCAUUUCAAGAGAGAGGACAGAAAAUUCCCAAUGCACUGUGGGCCAAUCUGAUCCAGGAGCGUCUGUCAAAUGUGGACUGCAUCAAACAAGGUUGGAUUUUGGAAGGUUUUCCUGAAAACCGGGACCAAGCAUGGAUGCUGCAGUUAGCUGGCAUCACUCCGAGACAUGUUGUCGUGCUGUAUGCUCCAGACACAGUGCUUAUUGAGAGGAACCUUGGGAAAAGGAUUGAUCCAUCCACGAAAGAGGUGUACCAUACCACCUUUGACUGGCCAAGCGACCCUCUGGUGCAACAGCGUUUGGUGGAGGCAGAAGGCAUAUCUGAACAGGAGACUGCAAAGCACCUGCUGGAAUAUCAUAGAAACUUUCCCAGAGUUUUCCAGAUCUAUCAGCAAAUAUUAAAAUCGAUCAAUGCCGACCAACCUUGUGCAGACGUAUUCUCCCAGGCUCUGACCUAUGUCCAAACAUGGUGCCGAUCAGCUGCCCCCUUUACACCACGGAUUCUCUUUUGUGGACCCCCAGGCAGUGGGAAGAGCCUGCAGGCAGCACUAAUAGCUCAGAAAUACAGCAUUGUCAACAUUUGCUGCGGGCAACUGCUAAAGGAAGCUGUUGCAGACAAGACAAAACUUGGAGAACUCAUUAAGCCUUAUUUUGACAGCGGAUGGCCAGUCCCAGACAACAUCAUUUUAAAGUUACUGACAGAUCGUCUCAACAGAUUAGACUGCAUGACUGACGGUUGGGUGCUACAUGGUUUCCCAAGAGAUUUAGAUCAGGCAGAACAGAUGGUAAAAGCGGGAAUUAUUCCAAACAGGAUAUUUUUCCUGAAUCUCCCCUCUGAAUCUGUCAUGGAACGUCUGGCUCAGCGGAUGAUUGAUCCAGUCACAGGAGAAAGGGCUGUCAGCAAGACAAAAACUUCUGACAAGCUUCGUAGAAAACUAAAGAAAAUCAAGUGGACUGUGCUCUUGCUUAAGGAUACGUGAAAAGGUCAUUCAUCGCCCCUCAGGUACCAGCUCUCCAUGAAGGAAGUUCCAGACCUCAGCUCAGUGCAGUUUUAAAUCUCUGAUAUCAAAGUCCAUAGCAGCAGUUGAUCUAACUUUUACAUGUUCCAUGAAAACUAAAAUGGGUGGCAAAAUAAUGUUUAGGGAUGAUAAUGCUAUAAACCAGACUGCAAUAAUGGAAGGCUUUCUAACAGAGGUACCUGGAGAUCUGGCCGCAUUUGAUUUCCCCAGUCCCACUGAUGGCUUUUUGUGUAGUGAAAUAUUAAUGCAUUUGUCCCUCAAUAGAUCAAGCUUUUAUUUGAGCCACUGGGUAUGAGCUCAAGUUUCAUAUGUGACAGCUCUUCGUAGUGGCAGUCACUCCAGCUUGGUGGGGUCAGUGAUCUUCAGGCUCUACUGAUUGAUCCAUCCUAACUGUUCUAGGAAUAAAGUAACAAGGAAAACUCUUCCUAAAUUCCUUCCAGAAGUGGUACUUGAAUUGCACCUUACAUUUGUGCUUUAUUUUUGUAAGUAGUACAUCAAUUUGUGAGCAAUAUUAAACCCCCAUGCUGAGAAACAGCAAAACAAUAUUUUACUUUCCCGGUAGAUUUGGAUUGUAUGUCUUACUGCCUUCCCAACACUGAAUCAAUGACAAAUGCUGGGAACCUUUUAAAUCCUAGUCCUAAAGGGUUAAAGGCAUAAAUACUGUAUUUAUGUCAAAGUGGUACACUAUUAUUCAGACAUUUCACUCUAGGUGCAACAUGUAAUUUGCUGUAAUUAUUCUCCCUCCUUUUGUUCUAGUAAUAAGGGACACAGUUGUUCAGCAGAAGUUAAUGCUAUGAAGCAAAUCUUUGCAUUUCUUAUCAUUAGGAUUAGUCUCUACAGUAUCUGCUCUAGUUAACACGCUUUCAGUCUUCAAGUCUUGGUUUUAGUCUUCCCAAAUUCAUUGUGAAUUGAUGGAGAUAUGUUUUAGAUGCUACAUCUAAUCCUGGGCAUUAUGCUACUGCAGUAAUGGAUCCAAUGAAGUGAAGGGAGUAGGCUAGCCCUCCAUCGUAUUCUAACUUGUACUAAUGUAGGAUGAAUACACAAUAUCCAAGACAGUGUCUUAACUGGACUCUGCUUUUCUUCUUGGUUUUGUAUUUAUCCAACCAUCUUAUCUACGUGUAAGUCUUUUGCACAUAAGACUUGCUUUCAGGGUGAUACAGUGAGAAGGACGAAGUUGUUUCUUCAUUUGAGGAAAAUAAAUAAUUCAUCUGAAAUAGGACUGUGGCAUCAGUUAUGAGGACCUGUUUACAAAGCAGUUUUUAGUGAUCUUCACAAGGCUGUAUCAUAACUUUGCAACAUGGGUAAAGCACAUUUUGGUUCCAGCUACGCAGGCAACCCAAACUCUACUACAGCAUUGCUAGGGGGCUCAGGUUAUAAAAAUGCUCCUUUGGCUUACUAAAAAUUGUGGUGUAGAUGACUGGGCUUUUGCUAUUAAUUCCAGAAAGUCAAAAUCUUGUGCCUUUGGAAGGCAUGGUUAGAAAUAUCCACAAUCCAGCUCAGAAAUGGGUUAACCGUCUUCCUCUCCCCUUAAUGUACAAACAUACGCUCUUCGAAGACAGAUUGAUGGUGAUCCUAGAAAAUCCUAACAGGAUUUAAUAUAUUCUACGUGGUACCCUCCAUGAGAGACAGGAUCAGGGGAAGGGUGGCUUGUGUCUUCUUUAGUUCAGUGGUUAUGGGCUUUGAGCCAGCAGCAUUCUGUAGAGCUCCUUCCAGCACGUCAUAAACUUGAAACCCUUUGAGAACCAAGCAGCGGAGUACUCGGGCAUCAGGAGGGGGAGACGGGUCCAUGAGAGGGCUUUUCUUUUGGAAGACGCAGUACAGAGCCAUUGCUCUGGCCAACUGAAAAACAGCAUGACCUUAAUUAACAUUGCUUGUUACUUUAAGAAUCUUUUUAGCUGAUCAGUUGUAGAUUUGCUGUCAGCCAGCCUUGGGAAGCCCUUGUCUUUUAUGUGCACAUCCAUGGACUUCAUGGGCAUUGCUCACCUAAAUCCAUUUGAACUCACCAUUGCCAGCUAACUUUCCUCUGUGGCCUUUGGGACAGGUGGGUCUAGAGGAUUUGCACAAGUGAAGGUGGGGGUGGAGCAGAAUCCCAAGAUUACAAUAUAUAGAACUAGAACAAACUGAAUCUGGAUUAGGCUCUGCAACAGGCCAAGCUUGGUAUGCCCUUGAAGUCUUCAUAAAAAUUCAAAUUCCUGCUAACAGAGCCCUCAAAUGGAGCAUCGGCUGCUGUAGUAUAGACUCCUGCUCAGGCACCUAUGGGAUUGAUUGUGCCAAAUCAAUAUUUAGGACUAGAUCACUUCAAGAAAAACUCGUAUCUUCAAGUAUCUAGGAUCCUUGACAGUCAUGAUAUCAAAUAAAUCGGAAGUACCAACUUGUCCUAAACUUUCCCAACAUCUUUUUGACAGAGCCUAACUGCCAAGUUAGUUGCACAGCAGGGGACACCUAUUUGGAUAAGCAAAAACAAACCAUGUAUUUGGUAACAUCUGUCACUUCCCAGAUUUUCAUUGUGAACUGAAGUGAGGU